AUGGAAGUAACUUUUGGGAACAUGAAAGUGAAGUUAAACAUCUUCAAUGCUUUUCAGCAUCCAUCGGAUACGGAGGAGUGUUUCUUUGUGGAUAAGAUUGAAGAAACAAUUGAAGACACACUCCCCCACCUUUUGACAAGUGACCUAUUGGAGGUUUGCCUAUCUCACUUCAAAGUUAAGGACUUCAGCACGGAGCAAUAUGUUGACGAGGUUAAUUCCCUUCUUGACAUUGCAGCUGCAAUGGACUUUCCACCCUGUAGAGUACCAAAGGAGCCCUUACCCUUUACAUCAGGCAUUCCUCCAGUUUCUUCCCUCAUCACCCCGCCAAAACUUGAGCUAAAACCGCUUCCAGCAAAACUCAAGUAUGCCUACUUAGGAUUAAAUGACACUCUCCCGGUCAUCAUUGCUGCGGAUUUACAGAAAGACCAAGAGAGCAGUUUAUUGGAUGUUCUGAAGGAACACAAAGAGGCCAUUGGUUGGAGUGUUGGGGACUUAAAAGGGAUUGACCCCUCCAUUUGCAUGCAUCGCAUUCAUUUGGAGGAUAAUGCUAAGCCCUCUCGCGAGGCACAACGUCGAUUGAAUCCUAAAAUGAAGAACGUGGUCAUGGAAGAAGUAGUGAAAUUGUUGCGGGCAUCAUUUACCCCAUCUCAGACAAACGUCUUACCGGCUAGAGUUACUAUUGCUUCCAAGAUGGAUAUUCAGGAUAUAAUCAAGUGGCCGUUGAUCCUCAAGAUCAAGAGAAGACAACUUUCACCUGUCCCUUUGGAGACAAAUUUAAUUUUGAGUUGGGAGAAGAGCCAUUUCAUGGUUCAAGAAGGAAUAGUAUUGGGACACAUAGUGUCCAAAAGAGGACUUGAGGUCGACAGAGCGAAAGUGGAGCUAAUUUCUAAACUUUCACCACCUACUACGGUGAGGCAAAUUCACUCGUCUCUUGGACAUGCCGGUUUUUAUCGCCACUUCAUCAAAGAUUUUAGCAAAAUUUCAAGACCCUUGUGCAAUCUUCUUGCCAAGGAGACUCCUUUCAAUUUUGAUGAAGCGUGUCUGAAGGCAUUCGAGACACUUCGGUCACUUUUAUCCUCAGCCCCUAUCAUGAAGACCCCUAAUUGGUCUCUCCCAUUUGAAAUAAUGUGUGAUGCAUCUAACUACGCUAUCGGUGCAGUUUUGGGUCAGUGUGAGGACAAGCUCCCUCACGCUAUUUACUAUGCUAGCAAAACUCUGUUGGAUGCUCAAGUAAAUUACACAACUACGGAAAAAGAGUUGCUAGCAGUUGUUUUUGCCUUGGACAAAUUCCGCUCUUAUCUUUUGGGGUCCAAGGCACCGAUUGGCAUGUCGCCAUACCGGUUGGUUUAUGGCAAAGCAUGCUAUUUCCCUGUUGAGUUGGAGCACAAGGCUUGGUGGGCCAUAAGGACUUUUAAUUUUGAUAUGAAAUCAGUUGGAUCCCACCGGAGACUACAAUUGAGCGAGCUUAAAGAGCUGAGUAAUGAUGCAUAUGAAAGUGCCCGGAUGUACAAGGAAAAAACUAAGGCAUUUCAUGAUAAAGACAUCCGGCCUAAAACUUUCGUCUCGGAUCAGAAAGUAUGGCUAUACAAUUCUAGACUUAGCCUAUUUCCUGGUAAGCUCCGAUCGAGAUGGGAUGGCCCAUUCAUUGUCACAUCAGUCUUCCCUCACGGAGCAGUUGAGCUAAGAGACCCGAAGAGUGGCCAAAUUUUCAAGGUCAAUGGUCAGAGAUUGAAAGCCUACAUCCAGGGUGUUGAGCCUAAGGAAGAUGUGGAUUCCAUCGAUUUGAUGGAUCCCAUCUAUUUGAAGUAA